GAGAGGGGAAAGAAGACGAUGCUUCAUUGAUCGAUCGAUCCAUCCAUCCCUCGAUUGCUCUUUCCUCUCCUCUCCGAUUCCGACCCGCAACACACAAGCAAUUCUACCGCCAUGGCCUCCGAGAACCACACCGACAAGAACGCCGUCUUCAAGAAGCUCAAAUCCAAGUCCGAGAACAAGAUGUGCUUCGAUUGCAACGCGAAGAACCCCACCUGGUCGUCGGUGACGUAUGGGAUCUUCCUCUGCAUUGAUUGCUCCGCUGUUCACCGCAGCCUCGGCGUGCACAUUAGCUUUGUUAGGUCUACCAAUUUAGACUCAUGGUCUCCUGAGCAACUCAAGAUGAUGGUAUUUGGAGGCAAUAAUCGUGCUCAAGUUUUUUUCAAACAGCAUGGAUGGACAGAUGGUGGUAAAAUUGAGACAAAAUACACAUCUAGAGCGGCUGAAUUGUAUAGGCAGAUACUUUCUAAAGAGGUUGCUAAAAGCUCUGCAGAAGAUAGUUUAUUACCUUCAUUGCCUGUUGCUGCAUCUCAUUCAUCAGAUGCAGUUAGUGGAAUUCCUGAACUUAAGUUUGCAGAUGCACCCAAGGAAAUCUCUAAUGGGAAGCAUGAACCUGAAACUACACAUUCACCUAAAGCUCACACUCAUUCGACACUCCUGUCUUCUGCUAGAAAACCAAUUGGUGCAAGGAAGACCACAGGCAAGACUGGUGGACUUGGGAUACGGAAGCUAACAACAAAGCCAAAUGAAAGUCUCUAUGACCAGAAGCCUGAAGAACCAGCACCUUCUGUGACAUCUUUGGCUAACUCUAAGACACCAGGUGGUCCAUAUUAUCCUUCUCGGUUUGAGUAUGUGGAGACCAAUCCAAUGGAGAGUAGUUCUGGAGGCGCUCAGUUGAUUAGUCAUAUUGCACCACCAAAAUCUUCAAGCUUCUUUGCAGAAUAUGGAAUAGACAAUGGCUUUCAGAAAAAGUCAAGCUCCAGUUCAUCAAAAGUACAGGUUCAGGAAAGUAAUGAAGCAAGGCAGAAAUUCUCAAAUGCGAAGUCAAUUUCUUCAACUCAAUUCUUUGGUAACCCAGACAAAGCAACUGACAAUGAGGCUCAUAUGUCCCUUCAGAAGUUCACGGGGUCAAAAGCCAUUUCAAGUGCCGAUCUGUUUGGUCAUGAUGUAGGAGAUUCUGGGCUGGACCUGACUGCUGCAGAUCUCAUCAACCGGAUCUCUUUCCAGGUGCCUUUUGUCGGAUUGCUGUUGACCUAGGCAUCACAGGAUAUGCCCUCCCUCAAGGACAUAGCUGGAGAAACUGGAAAGAAAUUGACGACUUUAGCUUCCAGUCUUAUCAAUGAUCUGCAAGAUAGAAUCCUUUAGUGGUGCUGUAUUGAGUUCAUAUGUAUGCAUCAUCAACGGCCAGCUACUCAAAUCAUAAAGAUCCAUCCAGUACGAACAUCUCAAUAAGUUGUAAGCACAUGUUCAUCGAUUUCUUGCAGAAUAUAUACUUGUAAAAUUAGUCAUUGUCGACUUCGUAACUGAAGUCAACUUGGCGCCGAGUGUAUUUAUUUUCCAUCAACACGAGUGUGUAUCUUUGAUUGUAUUUGUGCGCUUUGAAUGCUCCAAAGUGUUUUGUUUGUUUAUUUUUGACACCGAAUUCUUUGUUUAUACUCCCAGAGUUGCACGUGUUUCUCCUUCCAUUA